AUGAAGAGUCUUCGUUGUCUUCUUGUGGCGUUGCUUGGGUUUGAAGUUUCUCUCAUCCUUCAUCUUACUGAAGCACAAGAUCAAGAAGGCUUUAUCAGUUUAGAUUGUGGCUUGCCUUUGAAUGAGCCCCCUUAUACAGAAUCGGAAACUGGAAUACGGUUCUCAUCAGACGAGAACUUCAUACAAAGUGGAAAGAUAGGUAGAAUUCCGAAAAAUCUUGAACCGGAAAAUUUAAAACAGUACGCAACACUACGAUACUUUCCCGAUGGAAUACGAAACUGCUAUGAUCUAAGGGUGGAAGAAGGGAGGAACUAUCUUACUAGAGCAACGUUUUUCUAUGGAAAUUUCGACGGGCUUAAUGUUUUCCCGGGAUUCGAUAUGCAUAUUGGUCCUAAUAAGUGGACAACAAUAGAUAUGCAACUAGUGCCAGAUGGUACAGUGAAGGAGAUCAUUCACAUCUCAAGAUCAAACUCUUUGCAAAUUUGUCUUUUUAAGACAGGGUCAACUACACCAAUGAUAUCAGCUUUGGAACUACGACCUUUGGCCAGUGAUACUUACAUCGCUAAAUCUGGUUCCCUGAAACAUUACUUUCGCAUGUAUCUUAGCAAUGCUACGGUUCUUCUUAGGUACCCAAAAGAUGUUUAUGAUCGUUCAUGGGUACCAUAUACUCAACCCGAGUGGACACAAAUCUCAACAACUGCAAAUGUGUCCAAUAAAAAUCACUAUGAUCCACCUCAAGUUGCGCUUAAGGCCGCGGCAACACCUACAAAUCUUGAUGCGCCACUGAUGAUGGUUUGGAGUUUGGAGAACCCUGAUGAGCAACUCUACUUUUUCAUGCACUUCUCGGAGAUCCAAGUCCUAAAGGCCAAUGAAACUAGAGAAUUCGACUUUGUAUUGAAUGGGGAAACAAUUAACACUGGUGUUAUUAGUCCUAAGUUUCUUGAAAUAACGACUAGGCUCACAACAAAUCCUAGGCAAUGCAAAGGAGGUAUAUGCCGCUUGCAGUUAAUAAAAACCCAAAGAUCAACACUUCCACCUCUACUUAAUGCUUUUGAAGUUUACUCAGUUCUUCAGCUUCCACAAUCUCAAACAACUGAAAGUGAAGUGGUUGCCAUCAAGAAUAUCAAAUCAAAGUAUAGACUAAGUAGAAUCACUUGGCAAGGCGAUCCAUGCGUCCCCAAGCAAUUCUUGUGGGAUGGAUUGAAUUGUAACAUCACAGAUGAUAUAUCAACACCACCAAGAAUAAUUUCUUUAAAUUUAUCUUCGACUGGCUUGAGUGGCACCAUAGUAUCUGACUUUCAGAAUCUAACUCAUCUAGAAAGUUUGGAUUUGUCAAAUAACACUUUGAAUGGAGUUGUGCCUGAGUUUCUAGCCUCUAUGAAAUCAUUGUUGGUCAUAAACUUGAGCGGGAACAAUCUUAGUGGUUCAAUUCCACAAGCUCUUCGCGAUAGAGAAAGGAAAGGACUAAAGUUAUAUGUCGUUGGAAACAAGUAUCUUUGUCUAUCCAAUACAUGCAUAGAUAAGCCAAAGAAGAAACUUCCAGUGACGAUUGUUGCACCGGUUGCUUCCAUUGCUACCAUCGUCGUCAUUGUGGUGAUCCUCCUUUUUGUGUUCAAGAAGAAAAUGUCAUCAAGAAAUAAGUCUGAGCCAUGGAUCAAGACAAAGAAGAAAAGGUUUACUUAUUCAGAGGUUAUGGAAAUGACUAACAACUUACAAAGACCUCUUGGUGAAGGAGGAUUUGGAAUUGUCUAUCAUGGUGAUCUAGAUGGCUCAGAGCAAGUAGCUGUCAAACUACUUUCCCAAACAUCAGCACAAGGCUAUAAAGAGUUUAAGGCAGAGGUUGAACUACUUCUAAGGGUUCACCACAUAAAUUUGGUAAGCCUUGUUGGAUACUGCGAUGAACAAGAUCACUUUGCUCUCAUCUAUGAAUACAUGUCUAAUGGAGACUUACACCAGCAUUUAUCAGGAAAACAGGGUGGCUCUGUUUUAAAUUGGGGUACUAGAUUGCAAAUAGCUAUCGAAGCUGCAUUAGGAUUAGAAUACUUGCAUACUGGAUGCAAACCAGCCAUGGUGCAUAGAGAUGUCAAAAGUACGAAUAUACUCUUGGAUGAACAUCUCAAGGCCAAGAUUGCGGAUUUUGGACUCUCUAGAUCGUUUCAAGUUGGAGGGGAUCAGUCUCAAGUAUCAACAGUUGUUGCUGGUACUUUAGGAUACCUUGAUCCCGAAUAUUACUUGACAAGUGAGUUAUCUGAGAAAAGUGAUGUGUAUAGCUUCGGGAUCUUACUACUAGAGAUCAUCACAAACCAAAGAGUGAUUGAUCAAACCCGUGAAAACCCUAACAUAGCAGAAUGGGUUACAUUUGUGAUCAAGAAAGGAGACACUAGUCAGAUCGUGGAUCCAAAACUUCACGGGAACUAUGACACUCGCUCUGUCUGGAGAGCUCUCGAAGUAGCAAUGUCAUGCGCAAAUCCUUCUUCAGCCAAACGACCAAACAUGUCACAAGUUAUAAUCAAUCUCAAAGAGUGUCUUGCUUCUGAAAAUGCAAGGAUAAGUAGGAACCAAAACAUGGAGUCUAGUCAUAGCUCGGUUGAUCUAAAUGUGACUGUAACCUUUGAUAACGACGACGUGAAGCCUAAAGCAAGAUAACAUAUACGAGUUCUUCUGAAUACAAACCAAACCUUCGAUGUAUAUAUAUCACUCUAUGUUAUAAAGGCUUUAUAACCAUUGUGAAAUAGUUUUCUUUAUUUAGAAUUAAAUACAAAAUUACACAUUUGUAAUC